UUGCCUGUGUGUGCAGUUCAGACCCUGAGAGUAAAGGCUGCUCCUGUCGGCGGCUGUGUGAGAGAGUCUGUGUCACAGUGUGUGUGUGGGGGUGUGUGUGUGGGGGUGGGGAGGGGGGGUCGGUGUGCACAGGGAUGCGGCUCACAACCGUGCGGCUUGUCGCCUGAGUAAUCAGAGCGGCGGUUGAAAUUAGAGUCGCUCUCUCAGCCACAGAGAGGGAGAGAGAGAGAGAGAGAGAGAGCAGAUCUCCUAAAAAAACAAUGCAAUCCAAUCGUCCCAGGAGCAUGCUGCAAAGAGUGGAAAGAAAAUAUAUAAUAUAGGAAGAAAAUUGCAUCACACAAUCCCGACACAAACAGAGACAGAGUGAGAGAGAGACAGAGAGAGAGAGAGAGACGGCCACACACCCGGCUGGAAGCUACUUUUCCGAGAGGGCAUCUGUGGGUUCCUCAACAUUCUCCCAUCGAGUCGCGAACACCUCAUGAUCCUGUGGCAGUGAAAGGGAGAGACAGAGGGAGCCGGCCGCAGAGUUUAUUCCACAUUCCAUGGAGAUUGAGAAUUCCCUCUAACUUCUAAACGAGGCUGCCUCUACCAUCUCGGUAUAUUAAUGGUGUUAAGCCAUGAUGGUGGAGUCUGCAUCAGAGGCAAUACGCAGCACUUCUGCCAAUCAGAAUGGAGUUAGUAGUUUAAGCAGCCAGUCUGAUGGAGGGGGACGAGAGGGCAGCUCGAACGGGGACGCAAACGGUGAAGUGAGUCCCGUGGACCUGUUGCAUCUGCAGCAGCAACAAGUUCAGGCCCUGCAAGCAGCCAGGCAGCUCUUACUUCAUCAAGCAACAGGCCUCAACUCCCCGAACACAAACGAGAAGCAACAGCAAACAGUCCAGACAGUUUUGUAUCAAUCUCCAAGAUUCACCCCAGAUCCCGACCUAUUGGGGAACGGUGUGGUGCGGAAUGGUCUCGGCGUGUUUGGGGAUUCUAGGAGGAGUGUCUCAAUGGUUCCCGUGUCGGUGGCCAUGAUGAACCCACAGGUCAUCACACCACAGCAAAUGCAGCAGAUCCUGUCCCCACCGCAGCUGCAGGCGUUAUUGCAGCAGCAGCAGGCAGUCAUGCUGCAACAGCUUCAGGAGUAUUACAAGAAGCAACAGGAACAGUUACACCUCCAGCUGCUAACGCAGCAACAGCACCAACAGCAGCAGCAACAACAGCAACAGCAACAGCAACAGCAACAACAGCAGCAGCAGCAACAAGCCAUCAAACAGCCAAAGGAGCAACUGGGCAACAAGCAGCUCGCUUUCCAGCAGCAGAUCCUUCAAAUGCAGCAACUGCAGCAGCAGCAUCUCCUCAACCUGCAGCGACAAGGCCUGGUGACCCUCCAGCCCGGACAGCCCACCCUCCCACUACAGACCCUGGCACAAGCAAUGUGUCCAGCAGACUUUCAGCAACUGUGGAAGGAAAUGACGGGGGUACAAAGCAUGGAAGACACUCUGAAGAGUGAAAGCCUCGACCUCUCAACCAACAGCUCCACCUCCGGCUCCUUCCUGGCCCCCAAGAUCUCCCCUUCGAUACCCCACCACUCCCUGCUGAAUGGACAGAGUUCGAUCCACACUCCAAAGAGAGAAAGUUUAUCACAUGAAGAAGCCACUGGUGUUCACCCAUUGUUCGGACAUGGCGAGUGCAAGUGGCCAGGCUGUGAAGCUCUCUGCGAUGACAUGGGCCAGUUUCUAAAGCACCUCAACAAUGAACACGCCCUUGAUGAUCGAAGCACGGCCCAGUGUCGCGUUCAGAUGCAAGUCGUGCAGCAGCUUGAAAUUCAGCUGUCGAAAGAGACAGAGCGGCUUCAAGCCAUGAUGGCACACCUGCACAUGAGGCCCUCGGACCCCAAGCCGUUUGCCCAGCCUCUGAACCUGGUAUCAAAUAUCACGCUCUCCAAGAGCACGUCGGACAUUUUUCCAGAUAGUUUACCUCACACGCCAACCUCAGCCAACUCAAUCACCCCCAUGAGACAAGGCCCCUCCGUCAUCAGCUCACCGAGUUUACACAAUAUGGGAGCCAUCAGGAGGAGGCAUUCCGAUAAGUACUGCAUGCCGAUAUCUUCAGAGCUUGCUCAGAAUCACGAGUUUUACAAGAACGCUGACGUACGGCCUCCCUUCACGUACGCAUCCCUCAUCAGACAGGCUAUCUUGGAAGCGCCAGACAGACAGUUAACGCUCAACGAGAUUUAUAACUGGUUUACACGAAUGUUUGCGUACUUCCGCAGAAACACAGCCACGUGGAAGAAUGCCGUGCGCCACAACCUUAGUCUCCACAAGUGUUUUGUCCGAGUGGAGAAUGUAAAAGGGGCAGUCUGGACGGUGGAUGAACUAGAGUACCAAAAGAGAAGACCACCAAAGAUGACCGGAAGUCCAACUUUAGUGAAGAAUGUGAUUACAGGUCUUGGAUAUGGAGGAGCACUUACCUCAAGCUACCAGGCAGCUCUGGCUGAGAGUAACCUGCAGCUGCUCAACAGCUCAGCUCUGAUGAACACGUCGGCCAGCGGCUUGAUGCACGUGGGUCACGAUGACGUCAGCAGCACAGUGGAGCAAGUGAACAGCAACGGGAGCAGCAGUCCGGGGCUCUCCCCUCAGCAACACGGACACCAGGUGCACAUCAAGGAGGAACCUGCAGAUUUUGAGGAGGAUGACCCACCCAUCUCCCUCAUCGCCACAGCCAAUGUGAAUUCAGAGUUGCAGGAAGCGAGGGGGAUGGAGGAGGAGCUGACGGCUGAGGAACUGGAAUAGGAUGGAACUCGAGCACUUCAAGUUUUAACAAAAAAAAAAGAGAAAAACAAAAACAGGGUCAGACCUCUUACCUGCACAUCCACCCCAACACUACUCCUGGUCCUGCCUCGUCCGGGCUGAGUGACCGAGUCACGGAGCUAGCUCCUCAUUGCCAACAGACACUUGAAGACUCCAACUGCAACUGUGAUCGCCCACUGACAAUGGAGCUAUGGAACACAAGCCAAUUUGUUGGGUGUAGAUUGAAUGGCUCCAAAUUUUUGAAGUGAAGCUGGUGACUAUUAUUUUCUUCCUUUUACUUCCCAAAUAUUUUGCCGCUUACAUAGAGAUGGCUACUCCUCUUCUGAACUGGCAGGUAGUGACCACAGGCCUGGGAUGUGAAUAAUGUUGCAUUUUCACCAUUAGGGCCAAAAACAGACAUUUUCAACCUGCUUUAAAGGUACCUCAAUUUGAAAAUUUUCUAUUCAAUGUUGUAGAUAGCUCAACAGGCACAUUGUAUUUAAGCAGAGGGUAACUACAGAACUGCGCGUGGGUUUUCUGAUCCACUCACUGGCGUUGACAUCUGAGGAGAUCCAAAUGACAGCUUUAAUGUCUUUAAACUUCCACUGCUAUUUUAGCUUUUGUGUUUAUACCCGGUUAGGGGGAUGGGGUGGGAGGGAGCGGGAGGGUAACAGGGAACAAUGGGUGUCGGAAGGGGAGGGCGGAGGGAAAAGCGAACCUUUUAAAACUUUCUUACUUAAACAUUAUGUUGUAAAUGAUUGAAGUUCAGAGACCGUUGACGGAGACCUAAUCAAAGGUACAACUGCAGAGAAAUUGCUCAGAAAAACAGGUGGACAAGGGAUGUCUCCAUUUUUGCAGGCACUAUGUUCAAAAGCUGGACACAUAUCUUCUAUGAAUCAAUGGGCUGAAGGGCAGUAUACAAAAUAUACUUUGAGAAAUGUUAAGGUUUGAAUGGAAGGGCAAAUGUAUCUUCUGUUGGUUCUGUCUGGGUCUUCUUGUUAUUCGUCCCAUCCAUACUGACCGAGACUCUCCUUUGGACCAUGAGGUCCUGGAUUUCCACAGCUGAUCACUCUUCUAUACCUCCUGAUGUUGGCACCCAAUAUGUAAACUCAGGCAGGGCAAAGGGACACAGGUAGUAAUACCAGAGAGCAGAUGCGACACCUGGACUUCCAAAGAGUGGGGUAAGAAGGCAGGAAGGUGGAGUGUCGGAAGAACUCAGGAAGGGAAAGGAAUGGGGAAGGAGAGGUAGAACGAACGGGAAAAGGUGAAGUGGGAGAUAGGGGUGGGCAGAACAGGGUUGGAGAGACAAGUCAGGAAGAAAGGAGGAAGAAGAUUGUUCAUUGAUAGAUUUAUCAAACAACAAACCCACAAACAGAUGAUGCUAUUUUGAGAGGAUCUUGAUAAUACCAAAUUUCCCACAGAAUUAUUGUAAUAUCAACCAGAUUGUAGCUUCAUUCAUGCAUUCCCUUGCUCCGAAGUUAUCAUUUAUUAUGUAGUUAAUGCAAAUGUGCCAUGCCAUUUCAGUCACCAAAGACACAUAUGGAGUAUUAACAGUAUCUCGCUGUGGCAUGUUCUAGAUAGAGCAGCACAUAAAUCACUUUUCCCAUAGGGAGUGAAUUUCAAUCAGAAUAGAUGGAUUGACCAGGAAAUCGUACCCUUCCCAUCACCUGAACCAACACAGAUUUAGAGGUUGCUACUUUUUGAGAAGAGUAAAUAUGCUGAGGCAAGAAAGAAGCGCGGGUAAGAGACCAGUAGUGAUUGGGCAGAGAGAGGAAUGGGGGACAGGAGUGGUGGGGCAGAGAGAGGGAUGUGAUGGCAGCCCUUGCUUGGACCAGGGGGAUAGGUGCGGGGGUACGGACUGUGUACAGGAUAGGACACUGUUACCUAGUCUCCUCCAAUGGAAGGAAACAAAAAUUGUUGCACAAAACUAAUCCAAUUUGCAGAAUAAUAUCAUGAAUUCACCCACGUUCAAAGUGGACCUCUGAGUGAGAACAGAAACUGGACUCUUGGAUUCUUCUUUCUGCUUGUUGAAAUGAUGGCGUAAGAAUGGGUUGCUUGGGCAACCCAACAGCACUUGCUUCCAGAUGACUGUGAUUGAGUACCCUUGUUAUGAACUUGAUGACCUCCUAGAUAUGUAGAAACCAAUGAAUUUCCAGGCAAGUUCCUGGCUUUGACCACGUUAAUCAUGACCAGUCACACCUGUGCACUAAACUUCCCAUCCGAUGGGUUCUUAGCUCCCACCAAGUGGGUGCUGCUCACAACGGGAGGCAUCUCAUGCUUAUCCACCCAUUCCCAACGUCUAGUAUUCAAUCCACUCGCCAUGUGAUUCUGCCUGGAUUGAUCCUAAACAUUAUUGUCUGUCUAGCUGAAGUGGGGGGAAAAAGCUGUAGAAAUAUUUUGGUAAGCAAAAUUCAUCCCAGCAGAAAUUGAACUAAUUGCAACCAGAAGCCUUGACUUUUUGGGGGAUUUGCAUCCCUGAUGUAGCAUUCUGUAUGAAAGUUGAAUCACUGCACAUGGGCACUCUGAAGAAGACCUACGAUUCCGUCAGACAAUUUAGUAGCAUUCCGGGGAAGGGCACAAAGCUGAUUAAGAUUUCUGCACUUAGUGAAAAGUUAUUGGGCAGCAGCUGCGAAAUACUGAAUAUUUACAGAUGCCCACCUGAGUCUUAUUUUGUGGAAAUAGAAAAAA